CUUUUUGGGUUAAUUGAUUUCACAGGCAUUGGAGUGCAACAGAUAUUCGUUUUCAUGGAAGGAACUUUAUUUACUUUCGUUGGAGAGACUGAAAAAGUAAUUAUGCUUCAUUACAUGCUUUCUAGUUAAUGCUUUUAAAAUAUUUCUUUCACUCGUUCACCUCAUUUAUCAGAUACAUACGUAUGAAAUAUAAAUCAGUGAUAACAUAGGAAAUAAUUUAACAAUGACAAUUUUUGUGAUAAGCGACAUAACAUUUCAGAUAAUAUUGUUUUUGAAAUUGUCAAUCUAGUACAGCAAUGUACUCUUUUGAUAAAAUUUAUUAAACGAUGAUACGAGAAUUUUCGGAAAAUUGAAAUACGAUAAGCGGCAAUACGCUCUUCAACUUCGUUCCUAUAAGUUGUGUACAAAAACAGUUCUUUUUUUUCAUCACGAAUCACUAAAUUAAAAAUUAAUAUGGAGCCGUUAAACAAUCAGUUUGGCAUUACCUGUGACCCAUGCCAGAUUGAAGGACGCCAGGUUCCUGUUGAAGGAUACUGCGUUAACUGUCGAGAAUAUUUAUGUGAUCCGUGCUUCAGAAUUCAUAGACGUCCUGCACCUUGGAAAUAUCACAUACUUCUUCAAAAACAGAACAUGCCAACGGAGAAACCUUCAAAACCACUCAACGACGAAUGCGUUGAACCCUGUCCGUUACAUGCUGAGCGAAUUCUUGAAUGGUUUUGCUCAUCACAUGGGGAAGUUGGAUGUAGCGUUUGCAUGAUAAAAGACCACAAAUUGUGUCAAAAUGUUGAACACAUACCAGACAUUGCAGCGCAGUUUGCCGAAAGUAUUGAAUUAAAUGAGCUGGUUGACAAAUUUCCCAGUGUAUUGGCUUUUGCAAAUAAACGCAUUACAGAAGCGAAAGAAGCUUUGACUGCUGUUGAAAUGUAUGAACAACAUGUAAGAACAAAGGUACUACGUGUAAGAAAGGAGUUAAAUGACUUCUGUGAUAAACUAGAAGAAGCAAUUCUCUUUCGUAAACUUGCCGACCAGAAUUCUAUCGAACAAUUAAUAGUCAAAUACAGAAAUUUGGCAAAAAGAAUCCAAACAAGUGUUACUGCAAUUGAGAAUAACCUUAGAGAACAUAAGCUAUCUCAGCUAUUCACUGCAGUAAAACUAACUAAAACUGCCGUAAGUGAUGUAUUAGAGGAAAUGGAUUUGCCUGAUACAAUAUUUGAAAUACAUCACUACGAAUUAGCCAUGUCUGAUGAAAUUUGUAAAGAAGUUAGAUCUCAUCUUGAGAAAAGCGUGAAAUUAAAAUUAUUUAAGCAAUCAAAGCAAAGAGACGAAAUCAGACCAGUAGUGUCUACUGGCGGUAAAGAUAACCAGCUGGUCCACUUGGAUGAGCACGAACUGCAAAGAAAACAGAAUGUGGGCAUAUAUGAAAAUAGAACAAUAACAAGGAAAUAUCAAAAGGUAAUUCAAGGACAGAAAAGAGACCCAGCUAAACAUGACAUUUCAAACUCGUCGAAGAGAAUAACAAGAACAACACGCAUUGAAGGGAUUGAAUUUGUGACAACAGUAAUGUGUGAAGGUGAAUGCAAUGUCGCCCGUCGAAAAUACGACCGUGAAUUCUUAUUAAAGCUGCAGUAUACUGGUAGUGCCACACAGAAACCUCCAGACCUUCAAGAUGUAUCGCAUAUUACCAUUGAAAAUGUAAGGAAAAUGAACAUAAUCACAUUAUCAAUAAAAGUACUAGUAAUAAUAGUGAUGAUGAUAAUAAUGACGAUGACGAUGACGACGGCGACGACGACGAUGAUGAUGAUUAGUUACAUCCAAGUGAAGGCAAUUUGGAUCAAACAAUGCGACCAAGCAAAAAAUGAGAAACAUCAAAAAAGUUAUACUGGUUUUCCAAUAGAAAUAGUUUCAAAAGUUAUAGCUAACGAAAACUUAUCUAUACUACCGAAGUUUUAUUAAGUCUUUUGAUAGGCGCUUUAACAAAUACAUAUUUUACACGUUGUUAGAUUACUAUUUCUUCAGUGGCUUCAGGAAAUGCUUAAAUAAUAGAGAUACCUCUUUAAGUUUUAAAUCUGUUUAAGAGUUUAAUGCUAUGUGAUCUCAUUAUAAACUUAAAAAAGCGCUGCAACUAAAAGCGCUAUCUGACUACCCAAUUUAUAGGACACCCUACGAAAACAGUUGCGACCGCCCAGUCGAAAGGACUCCCUACGAAAACAAUUUCAACCACCAAACCAACAGGACUCCCGAUGAAAACAGCUGAGAUCGCCCAGUCAACAGGACUCCUGACGAAAACAUUUGCGACCACCUAUUCAGCAGGACACCCGAUGAAAAUAGUUGCGACCGCCCAGGCAACAGGAAUCUCUACGAAAACAGUUGCAACCACAAAAUCAACAGGACUCCCGAUGAAAACAGCUGUGAUCUCCCAGUCAACAGGACUCCCGACGAAAACAGUUGCGACCACCCAAUCAACAGGAUUGUCGAUGAAAACAGUUGCGAUCACCCAAUCAACAGGACUCCCGACGAAAACAGAUGAGAUCACCCAAUCAACAGGACUCUCGAUGAAAACAGAUGCGACUACCCAAUCAACAGGACUGUCAACGAAAACAGUUGCAAUUAGCCAAUCAACAACACUCCCGAUGAAAUCAGUUACGACGCAAUUGUACAGAUUUCUAGUGAAGGAGAAUGCAGACAGCGCAACUGUAAUUGAAUGGGUGGAAAACAAUGUCGAUGAAACAGUCAGGUUGAAGCCAAAGUUCAUUCGUUAUCUUAUGACGAAUUCGUGUAAAAGUGCCAUGAAAGAUGAAAAUGGUAAAGCAAUACUGGACGUUGAUCAGCUUGUUGCGAGAAGAGACCUACUGCUUAAAGUUUUCAACCAUCAAACAGAACUGGAGUUACAAGCUCUACAGGCAGUCCAGUCGUUUAUAACAAAACUUGGAUAUCCCAAAGAUGUACUAUUAGGGAUAUUUCAGACACUGUAUGAUGUGAAAGUGAUAUCUAAAGACGCAUUCUUUCAGGUAAAUAUAAUAGGGGUAUUAUAAUAGUAGCGCGAUCUUUGAUGCUGUAUUCGGCUCGAAUCGGGACUCACGAGGCAAACAAGCGCCGAGUGAGAUCCGACCGUGCAAAAUCCACUAGAGCCGAGUACAAAAUCCAAGAUCUAGCUACAGUUAUACUGACCCUUUUUAUGCACCUCUGUCAUUUUGUUUAUCAAACGAAAUCUUUGAUGUUUGUCGAUGUUAACAUAUAACUGAGUGAAGUUUUAUGUGCGCUAUUUAUAGAACUGUGUCAGGUCAUGCAUAUUGAAUGAAAGUAGUCCGGCAACAUACAAUAUGAAAGGUACAAUACGGAAUAUUUUUCUGCCUGUUCAUAUUUACUUGUAAAAUACAAGACGUUUUUUUUUUUGAUAGAAUUUAUAUAAUAAACAAAAAUAUCAAGACUGUUUAUAUGACAAUUUACACUUAGACACGUGAACUUUUUGUGAAUUGUUUGUAUUUUCUUUUUAUUGAUUGAGCUAUCAUGUAAUUUCAUUGGGCAAGAUCUAAAGACGAUUCUGACGGUAAAGAUCUGUGUCUCAAGCAAACUGCAGUCUUCUUCCUUAGGUUAGAACAGAAUAGAUAAAUGCUAAAGGAGGGACAUAUUCUGAUACUUUCAUUCACUACUUGCCUAGAAGUCAGGGUCCUGAUCAACAUCACAUUAUAGAUUUAAAUGUCUAAUAUAUCAAGAAACGUUUACUGAAGCAAUUUUUAUAAACACUUACCUAACGAGAAUAACAUAAAUCAGAUCAUACAGGAUUUUUAUCAGUAAUAAAAUCUGUAAAAAGAUCCUUUGGAAGCAAAGAAUGCAGUCAAGAAAAUAAUAGUAGACUCGGUUUGAUUGAGUCUGUUCAUGAGAGGUAAUAAAAUGUGCAACACCUCUCAUGCCCCCUAGCACCGGCUUAAGCGGAACUCUCUUACACAUAUGUUGAAUGGACUCAUGAUCCCAAAGGACCAGAAAAUAUAACAACACUGAAUCCAAGUAUAGUGGACGCAACUUGACCCCGAUGGUUGACCUUUGCAUUAUAAUACAUGAUAAGGCACAACCUAUUAUUGAAAAGGAGUGUACGUAAAACACGAGCUGCACGAGAAAAAGGAAAUAAGAAUUUGUGUAAAUAUAAAUUAGUGUAUUGGAAAGUUUUAACUGAUCACAUGUAAGUAUACAUACUUUGAUACUGCACUGUAAACAAACUAAUUUCAUAUAAAUAUACAAGG